AUGCCACCACCACAACUUCCUCCACAAAUUUCCUGCCAAGUGGCCGUGAUCGGUGCUGGAGCAGCCGGCCUCGUCGCUGCCCGUGAGCUCCGAAGAGAGGGUCAUGACGUUGUAGUCUUUGAAAGAGACAACCAAGUGGGUGGCACAUGGGUGUACAAUCCCCUGGUCGAACACGACCCCUUAAGCCUCGAUCCGACUCGACACAUAAUUCACUCGAGUCUCUACAGCUCCCUCCGCACCAACCUCCCAAGAGAAGUAAUGGGUUUCAAAGACUAUCCGUUUAUAGCAAAAAAAGAUAAAGAGAGAGACCAGAGAAGGUUUCCGGGCCAUAGAGAGGUGUUGUUAUAUUUGCAGGAUUUUGCAAGUGAGUUUGGGAUUGAAGAAAUGGUGAGGUUUGAGACUGAAGUGGUUCAUGUGAGGCCUGUUGAGGAUAAUAUUAGAAAGUGGAAAGUGAGGUCGAAAAGGAAAACAAUUGAUAAUCAUAGGAACAUUGGUUUUGGAUUUGAUGUUGAUGAGGAGAUUUAUGAUGCUGUGGUUAUCUGUAACGGACAUUACACUGAACCUCGCAUUGCUCAAAUCCCAGGGAUCAGUUCAUGGCCAGGAAAACAAAUGCAUAGCCACAAUUAUCGUACCCCUGAGGGCUUUCAAGAUCAAGUGGUAAUUUUAAUUGGAAGUUCAGCUAGUUCUGUUGAUAUAUCCAGAGAAAUUGCUGGAGUUGCUAAAGAGGUCCAUGUUGCCUCAAGAUCAGUUGCAGAUAAAACAUAUCAAGAGCAGCCUGGAUAUGAUAACAUGUGGCUUCAUUCUAUGAUAGAAAGUGCACAUGAUGAUGGUUCUGUGGUCUUCAGAAAUGGGAGAGUUGUCCUCGCUGACAUUAUUCUACAUUGCACUGGGUACAAGUAUCACUUCCCUUUUCUUGACACCAACGGCAUUGUUACUGUGGAUGAAAAUUGUGUGGGGCCCUUGUACAAGCAUGUUUUUCCACCGGUUUUGGCCCCAUGGCUUUCGUUUGUUGGGUUACCAUGGAAGGUUGUCCCUUCCCCCUUGUGUGAACUUCAAACCAAGUGGAUUGCUGGUGUUUUAUCAGGUCGGACUGCACUUCCAUCACCUGAGGAGAUGACGGAAGAUGUUAAAGCCUUCUAUCUGACAUUAGAAGCUUCCAACAUACCCAAACACUACACUCAUAAUUUGGGUGGUUGUCAGUUUGAGUACGACAAUUGGCUUGCUUCUCAAUGCGGGUGCCCAGGGAUCGAAGAAUGGAGACAGCAAAUGUAUGAUACAACUAGCAAGAGUAAGAGGCUCCGGCCAGAGACAUACCGUGAUGAAUGGGAUGACCAUAGCCUGGUUUUGGAAGCCUACGAGUACUUCAAAAAGGAUACCUGA